AUGGCUAAUUUCGUCUACUUAUUCUCUACCGCUCUGGUAAGACGAACUGUUUCGCCGACCGCACUCUCUCGCCUGCCGUCUAUCGGAAAAUCGGUCCCCCGCGACGACGAAGAUCUGGACGCUCUUCAUGCGGAUACACGGGACUUGCCCGAUAAGGCUUACCCCUUUCUCACGUCCGCAGUCGCACUGAAGGACGAUUUCAAAGCUCGCGCGUUUGACGGGUAUAAGACCGACCUACGAUGGUCAAGGGUUAUCGACGACCUAGAGCGCGUGGCGUGCGAGCCUGACCUAGUCAAGCUUACCCCGCUGAAUGAGCUUGACGAGGGACUACUGUACGCUACCCAACAAAGCGGGGAAUACUGGCUGUGUAUUCCUGCUAUUAUCGAGCCCGAGAUCCUUCGUAUGGCACACGGUGAGGGACACCUAGGCAUAAGCUGCGGGGCUAUGUUCUACAUAGGGGCGUUAAGAAAUUACACACCUUUGUACAGAACUGCGAUGAUUACCACUCUCUCUGCACAGAUAUCAGGCCCAAGCACCAAGUCAAAUUGUACAAUUGGCUCCAUCCAGUAG